AUGGAAGAUCGCAAGGAGAAGACUGCACCAUGGCUAUCUGUGCCACAAUUUGGGGACUGGGACCAGAAGGGAGCAGUGCCUGACUACUCCGUGGACUUCUCAAAAAUCAGAGAAAUGAGGAAGCAAAACAAGAGGGAUCCAUCAAGAGCCAGUCUUGGAAAUGAAGAGGAGCUCAUCUCAUCGACUGCUAGAGUUUCAAACACAAACAAUAACGGCCAUCACCACGACUACCAUCAAAAUCACUCUCCAACUUCGAGAAGGAGCUUCUUCAGCUACUUCAACUGCUGCGUGAAGGCCUGA